AUGAUUAAAUAAUACAAUAAAUUGUAUUUCUAAGCUAAAGAAGGUAAAAAUGUAACUAAAAAAAAAUAGAAGGAAUUGAUGAAAUUUGAUUUUGUUUUUACAAUAAAUAAAUGGAUUAUAUAGGUUUCAAUUAAAGAACACUCAAAAAGCAAUCAUUAAGAUAAAAUAAAUUAUUUAUCUGGCUUUUUUAUUAGCACUUAAAUGUUGUUUUUUAAAUAGCUUUUUUUGUUUUUGUUUAGUUUGGUAAUGUAAAUUGAGAAAAUAGUAAUAAAUAUUUUUUCAGAUCAUAUUUAUCAUACAAAAAGCAAAUAAGUGAGCGAAUGUGUGUAUAAGAAAAAUUUAAUACAUAAAAUUAGGUAAGAGAAAAAUAAAUUUUACUUCCAAAAUUUUUCUUAUAAAAUACUCUAUUCUGAAAAUUUUGAUAGUGAUUAAUUUAAAAAAAUAUGGGUAUGUUUUUUGCUAUUUAAUUAAAGAUUUUCUUUAUAAUUGUAAAUAAUUCAAAUAUUUUUUGGAUAAAAGAUGAUGAACGAAAAAGUAAUUUUUUUUUCUAUCAAUAAAAUUUAUAAAAAUAUCAUAGAGUGGUUUUUGCUUAAUUAUCAGAUUAAUUUAAUUUAAUAAAUAGUAUUAAAUAUAUUUGUAUUGAGGAUUAUUCAUAGUAAGAUAUUCACUAAAAACACAGUUUAACUUGUGAAUUCACAGCCAAUCAUAAAUUUUAAUAAAUUCUUAUUUAGAGGAUUACAAAUUGUAAAUUACCAAAGUAUUUUAAUGGUAGGAAUGAAUUAAGGUUUAGAGUAACAUCAGCUCACUCUUUUAUUCAAAUAUCAUAUUAUAAUUUAUUAAAAAGUGAAGCAAUCAAAAGAAUAGCUAUUUUUAAAUUUAUUAGCUGAUUAGAAUUAUUUCGAAGACAAAUUUUGUGGGAUUUUACUUAUAUAUUGGGAGCUUUCUUAAGAUAUUGUAUAGAAAUUAAAUGAAUUUUCCUGCUUAAAGAAAAAUAUUAAUUGUAUUACACUUUAUGUUUGCAAGUGGGUUAAUGUGUAAUUUAAAUUAAAAUAAGCAAUUUUUUUAAUUAUUAAAAACACAAGAAGCAAGCAAUAUUUGCUAAAUUGUAAGCACAACCACCAAAAGAAAUUUUGA